AUGUUGAACGAUAGAAGCAAAACAACGCAUUAUGUUAAUUUUCAAACAUGGUUUUUAUCAAUGUAUCUUUCUACUCAUACAAUAUAUGUAUUAUUAAUGUUGGUUUUAAUUGGUUGGAAUGCAUAUAAUACACAACAAUAUCGAAUAUUAGCUGAGCGACAAUUACAGAUAGAAAAUGUUCUUACAGAAUUAUUACCUUCUUCAUCUUCAAUACCAUCUUUUUCUCAUCAACCAACAUCUAUUGAACAAUGGUUUAGUAAAAUUUUUCAUUUUAUACGACAGUUAACAUCGAAAGCUUCAACGAAGAUUAAUAAUAGUAAUUCUAUUGUUAAGCCAUAUACAACUGCCAUACGUGAACGACGAUAUCUUCAAGAAUCAACAACAUCUAAUUGUCAAUGUCCUCCAGGUCCAAAAGGCGAAAAAGGUGAUCGAGGUUUUGCAGGGUUUCCGGGUGAAAUGGGACCAAAAGGAGAACGAGGUCAUCCUGGUUCGAUAAUUUGGAAUGGUAUAAAAGGUGAAAAAGGUGAACCAGGUCAUGAUGGAGGAUCAGUUCAAGGAGGAAUGUUGACAUCAUCUCAAGACAGAUUCAUUCAAGGUCCACCAGGCCCACAGGGCCCACCUGGUCCACCAGGACAGAAAGGUGAUAUGAGUUUUGGUGGAAAUAAUGGUUUCAGUAAAGCUGGACUACCCGGACGAGACGGUUUACCUGGUGAAAAGGGUAAUCAAGGUGAACCAGGUAUUCAAGGUUCACGAGGAGAGAAAGGCGAAAAAGGUGAAGAAGGACCAGCAGGAAAACGAGGAUUUCCUGGCCGACCAGGUUCACCAGGUCCAGCCGGAAUGGAUGCGCUUCCAUGUCCACGUGAGAUUUUACUUAAUUUCGAUAAUAUGUGUACUGCAUGUUGUAAAAAAACAUAA